GGGCACAACGUGGGUGUCAGUCUUGUGUCAAUAGAUUUUAGCUACUAAGCAACCCAUAUUGAUGGUUGAAAUAAAACUACCGAACGCGAAAUGUUAUCUUAGCUACCACUGUCGGUUCAUGUUUUAUUGGAUUAUCAGACACGGCUGUUUUGCGGGCCUAUACUAAUUCCACGCAAUCCAAAGGUUGCUGUCCUGAGCCGCAACCAUGCCCUCUGACCUGGCUAAGAAGAAGGCUGCGAAGAAGAAGGAGGCAGCAAAGGCCAGGAGCCAGAAGAAGAAGCCAGAAGAGGUCAACGGCGAGGGAGAAAAUCCAGAAGAACAGCAAAAUGGAACCAGCAACGGAGAUGUAGCGUCCCUGACGAAGCAGCUGGAUGAGUUUGAGCUGGCCAAGAUGGAGGCUCGUGCGGUGACAGGGGUGCUGGCCUCACACCCCAACAGCACGGACGUUCACAUCAGCAGUCUGUCGCUUACCUUCCACGGCCAGGAGCUGCUGCAAGACACCAGCCUGGAGCUCAACUCCGGACGCCGCUACGGACUCAUCGGCCUCAACGGCACAGGCAAGUCCAUGCUGCUGUCAGCCAUUGGUCACCGCGAGGUCCCCAUCCCGGAGCACAUCGACAUCUACCACCUGACGCGGGAGAUGCCGCCCAGCGACAAGACGGCGCUGCAGUGCGUCAUGGAGGUGGACGAGGAGCGGCUGAAGCUGGAGAGGGAGGCCGAGCGCCUGGCCCACGAGGACGCGGAAUGUGAGAAGCUGAUGGAGCUAUACGAGCGUCUGGAGGAGCUCGAUGCCGACAAGGCGGCGGUGAGGGCCUCACGCAUCCUCCAUGGCCUGGGCUUCACCCCCACCAUGCAGCGCAAGAAGCUCAAGGACUUCAGCGGAGGCUGGAGAAUGCGUGUCUCGCUGGCCAGAGCCCUGUUCAUCAAGCCCUUCAUGUUGCUCCUGGAUGAGCCCACUAACCACUUAGACUUGGACGCCUGCGUGUGGCUGGAGGAGGAGCUCAAGUCAUUCAACCGAAUCCUGGUCCUCAUAUCACACUCGCAAGACUUCCUGAACGGUGUCUGUACCAACAUCAUCCACCUCCAUGAAAGGAAACUUAAAUAUUACACAGGAAACUAUGACCAGUAUGUGAAGACCCGCGAGGAGCUGGAGGAGAACCAGAUGAAGCGCUUCAACUGGGAGCAGGACCAGAUCGCACACAUGAAGAACUACAUUGCACGGUUUGGUCACGGCUCUGCAAAGCUUGCCAGACAGGCUCAGAGCAAAGAGAAGACCCUUCAGAAGAUGGUGGCCUCAGGCCUGACUGAACGAGUCGUCAAUGACAAGACGUUGUCAUUUUACUUUCCUCCCUGUGGGAAGAUCCCCCCUCCCGUCAUUAUGGUUCAGAACGUCAGUUUCAAAUACUCCGAUGACACGCCGACCAUUUACAAGAACCUUGAGUUUGGCAUUGACCUGGACACCAGGGUGGCUCUUGUGGGCCCUAACGGUGCUGGCAAGUCCACUCUGUUGAAGCUACUGAUGGGUGAGCUGCUCCCCACCGACGGUAUGAUCAGGAAGCACUCACACGUGAAGAUCGGCAGGUAUCACCAGCACCUGACAGAGCAGCUGGAGUUGGACCUGUCUCCGCUGGAGUACAUGAUGAAGUGCUACCCAGAGAUCAAGGAGAAGGAGGAGAUGAGGAAGAUCAUUGGUCGCUACGGCCUCACGGGAAAACAGCAGGUGAGCCCCAUCAGGAACCUGUCAGAUGGGCAGAAGUGUCGCGUGUGCUUCGCCUGGCUGGCCUGGCAGAACCCCCACAUGCUCUUCCUUGACGAGCCGACUAACCACUUGGAUAUCGAGACCAUUGACGCCCUGGCGGACGCCAUCAACGAGUUUGACGGUGGCAUGAUGCUCGUCAGCCACGACUUCCGACUCAUUCAGCAGGUGGCUCAGGAGAUCUGGGUGUGUGAGAAGCAGACCAUCACCAAGUGGAGCAGAGACAUCCUGGCCUACAAGGAGCACCUAAAAUCCAAAAUCGACAGACAGACACAUGACGUCUGAAGCACCGGAUUCCCCUCCCCUCCCGCCCACUCGAACCCCCUUACGGACACGUACAUUUCCCCCCCUUUCUGCCCGAUACCCAGCACCCUCUCAACCCCCCAACAAAAGACAAAAGUGCAUGAGUCAGGAAUCCACAAUGGAUGUACCUGACGGAAUUUCCAAAAUUCAUCAUGGACUUGCAUUCCGUUGCACCUGUAUUAUUAUCAUCAUCAUCAACAAAGUUUCCUCCAAAUAAAAACCACCGUCAGUUUCAGCCAGUUUACACUGCAGCUCUGCAUUUUAGUCAAAGCAACACACUAACAAGAAGUUUCAUUUCUGCCUCUUGGCUCAUAAUGAGUGAUGUCUUGAGUGUCUUAUCUCUUAUUUAAUAUUUUGAUGGCAAUAAGUAUGUAACAAAUAAAGAUGUGCAUUUAUAAGUGA